AUGAAGCCAUGCGAUCACGAAUGUCUCGUCACUUCGUGUUUGAUGUUGGCCGUACUGGUGAUGGUACAAAUGGCUAUGUUGGCAUUUUCGUACGGUAGCGUCAUGGAUGAUCGCCUUCGCACGUCCAUUCAAAGCUAUACGCCCAUUCUCGACAAGACUGAGACGAGACGGUUACCAUCGGUUCUCAUUAUUGGUGUGCGGAAAGGUGGCACUCGAGCACUUCUUGAUGCAAUGGCUUUGCAUCCAAAUAUUCGAGUGGUUCGAAAAGAAGCUCACUUUUUCGAUUUGAACUAUUCGAGAGGUAUCGAUUGGUAUCGAUCGAUGAUGCCACUCAGCACUGCCGAUCAGGUGGUUGUGGAGAAAACCCCAGGCUAUUUCACUUCAGCUGUGGCUCCAAAACGUACAUGUGCACUCGUUUUCGGGAGAAGGCAGCAUUUCUCCCGAUAUCGAGCUGAGUUAAUCCGGAGUACAACCGGUUACGGAAUUCCCCUCUACGAUCUUCAUAUGACCAACUGGUUACGGUAUUUCUCCAUGGAACAGAUUUUACUCGUCAAUGGCGACGUGUUCCGAGGAAAUCCUAUUAAUGAGUUUGCAGUACGCCGCGUCGAGGACGUUCUCGAGUUUCCGCAGAAAAUUCACAACGAUCAGCUGAUCUUCAACGAGCGCAAAGGAUUUUUCUGUUUUCGCCGUACACCGCGAUCUCGAGUGAAAUGCCUCGGCAGCACGAAAGGACGGCCGCAUCGCGAAAUCGCGGACGAGACGUUGUCGCCAAACUGCGGCGGAACUUUCGGCCACACAAUGUGCGAUUUUUCGGCUUGG